UGGACAGUUAAGACACGGACAGCUCUUAAUCUUGGCAAUACUCAAGAUCUCACAACUUUAACUUCAGAGCAGGGUAAACGGUUGAAAGGAGUAAUUCACCAGAAGUUGAAGAUGUCUAGAUUAAUAUGGCUGCUGAUGUUACAAGUGUUACUGGUCUGUUAUCUUACAGUCCCAACAUAUUCACUUAGUAACAGAUAUUCUCGAGCAUCUAAAUGUAGGUGUACAGAGGAUACACACAAAAAAUGCUGCAAAGAUGGAAUGACUAACACUAAGUUUUGUGCCGACAAUUCAAAAGACAGUUGUUUCUUAGCAAUUUACGGGGUUUGGCUUGUUGAAGAUCUCUACGACAAAUGCCAAGACAGCCCUUGUGAUCAAACGAAUGAAGUAUGCUGUCAGGACAAGAUAAAUAACAAAUAUUAUUGUGCAAAUAAAUUAAUAGCUGGAGAUAGUAAUGCAAACUGUUUGUAUCAGAAGUUCAGCAGUGUAUGAAGAACCUGAUACCAGUUUGUAUACAUGUCUUUGGCUGUUAAUAAAACCUUAC